CAUCUCUUUUCAUUAAAUUUCUCUGUAAUUCAUUGAGAGUUUGAGCCAUAAUGAACGAUUUAAUUUCGAGUUCGUUCAGGAAAUACACGGACCUUAAACAACAGACGUACAUGGACGACCUGGAAGCCGGAACCGAGACUGUUAACCUUGACAAAUUCUUCGAGGACGUCGAGAAUGUUAAAGAAGACAUGAAAACUAUAGAGACGCUUUACAAGGCAUUACAAGAAGCCAACGAGGAAUGCAAAACGGCACACAAUGCCAAGACCAUGAAACAGCUACGUUCUCGAAUGGACGCCGAUGUCGAACAGGUUCUCAAAAGAGUGAAAGUCAUCAAAGGGAAGAUCGAAGCUCUAGAAAAAUCCAAUGCCGCUGCCCGUAGCGCUCCAGGUUGCGGACCCGGAUCAUCCUCCGAUAGGACCCGAACCUCGGUUGUUAGCGGGUUGGGUAAGAAGCUAAAGACGAUGAUGGAUGAUUUCCAAGGUUUUAGAGCUAGGAUGCAAGCGGAGUACAAAGAAACCGUUGAACGACGCUAUUUCACCAUCACCGGACAAAAACCUGACGAAGACACUAUCGAGAAUUUGAUCAUGAGCGGCGAGAGUGAGAGCUUCCUCCAAAGGGCAAUCCAGGAACAAGGGAGAGGUCAAAUUAUGGACACCAUUUCCGAGAUUCAAGAACGACACGACGCCGUUAAGGAGAUCGAAAAGAAUUUGCUCGAGCUUCAUCAGAUAUUCCUGGACAUGGCUGCGCUCGUCGAAGCUCAGGGUCAUCAACUGAACGAUAUCGAAAGCAAUGUUGCACAUGCAAGCUCCUUCGUGAGGCGAGGGACGGAGCAGCUUCAAGAGGCGAGGGAACAACAGAAGAGCUCAAGGAAAUGGACGUGCUAUGCCAUCAUUGCUGCCAUUAUCUUGAUUAUAGUAAUCCUCCUGCCGCUGCUGCCGACGAUCAUAACUUUGCUUAAGCACAAAUAG